GCUGUGCAGCCCCAUCCCACACCCUGCAGCCCCAUCCCACACCCUGCAGCGCUGCCGUGCAGCCCCAUCCCACACCCUGCCUGUUCACACCAAGGCCCUGAGGCUACGCCUGCCCUCAGGCACCCCAAAAGCUCCUCCCGGGUGAAGCGGGGCCGCGCCGGGCCUGGUCGGGCUUCGCCUGGGCGUGAAGGGAGGCCGAGAGCAGGAGGGGCCAGGCGAGGCGGCAGGAAUGCGAGUGGGAGAGCGGCCGGGCAAGUAGCGACAGCUCCUGGGAGCGCGGAUCCCACACGCGGCUGGGCAGGAGGGAGCCCCGGCACGGGCUGGCGGGCUGGAAUGGGGCAGCCCAUGGCUCAGCCCCUCUGAGAGCCGGAGCGGAGCUCGGCCAGCCCGGGUCCCGGCCCCGGGAGCUCAGUGCGGCGGGGAGCGGCUGGAAUUCCCCCGGCGAGGAAUGCCCGGCUGGGCCGGCACAGCGUGCUGAGGAUCCGGGGCCGAGCAGCCGUGAUGACCCCCGAGAAGGUGCUGAGGGAGGGGGUGCUGGAGAAGCGGAGCGGGGGGCUGCUGCAGCUCUGGAAGAAGAAGCGGUGCCUGCUGACGGAGAAGGGGCUGCAGCUCUUCGAGCCCAAGGGCUCGCGGCGCAAGGAGCUGAGCUUUGCCCGCAUGAAGGCCGUGGAGUGCGUGGAGUGGAAGGAGCGGCACAUUUACUUCACGGUGGUGAUGGACGACAGCCUCGAGAUAGAUUUCCGCUGCGCCCAGGAGGACCCGGGCUGGAACGCCGAGAUCACCAUGGGGCUCGUGCGCUUCAAGAACCAGCAGGCGAUGCAGGAGGUGCGCGCCCGGCACAGCUGCCGAGCAGUGGUGCAGCUGGACACAGCCCCGGUGGGACAGCCCAGGGAGUUGCAGCUUCCCCGGAGUCGGAUGGAGAUGGCCCUUGGCUCGGCAGGUGCUGGAGAGAACGGGAUCCCUGCGGGCAAGUGAGGUCACCACUGUGCGGCCCGGGGACGAGGACAGUGGCCCCGGGGAGGCCGGUGCUGGCGCUGGUUUCCCCUUGCCGGGGCAGGACAGAGGCACCACAAGACCUGGGCUGGCACAGGACACAGGCAGGGCCAUCACCUGGCACUUCAGACAGGGCAGGAGGUGACAUCCCUGCCUGGGGCCCCACCACCCUUCAUGCAAGUGACAUGUGCAGGACUUGGUGCACUGGUGGGGACCCCAGGCCUCUCCUGCAGGACAGGGGAUGGAUGAGGCUGUGCCUGAAGGAUCCGUGCCACAGGGAGCUCGGCCUGUGUGACAGUGACACUGAGACAGAUGGAUGUGGCUGGGUCCCAGUUUUAAAAAAAGGCUGGAAAGCUGCUGCUGCAGCAGGGACUCUUCAGCAGGGCACUGAAGUGAUGGUGUGGUGACAUAGCUGUGCUCCUGGACAUUGUCUUACCCUGGGAUGUCCUUGGGCUGUUGGAGAAUGCUGGGGACCCCAAUUCCCUGUACCAAAAGUGUGCCUUAACAGGAUUUUCAGCUUCUUA